AUGCAAGCAGUUUCAGCUCCCCUCGAGACAAGUGCUGGGGAGGGGCAGCUUGCAUCAAACCUUGUGCAAGCCAUCCUGUUCGACAUGGAUGGUGUCUUGUGCAACAGCGAAGAGAUGACGCAAAGGGUGGGUGCCGAGACUCUAUUGAAGGUGUACGGAGUGACGGUCGACCCAGAUGAGUUUCGAGCCUUUGCUGGCAUGGGAGAGGCAUAUUUCUUGAGCGGUGUGGCUGGCAAGUAUGGGAUCCAGAUUGAUGACAUAGACAAGCUCAAAGAGGUGUUCUAUGGUAUCUACCUUGAAAAGGCUGCUGAUCCUACAGAAGACAUCGGCCUUCCUGGUGCCAUUGAGCUGGUGAAGGCUUGCCGUGAAGCUGGCCUCAAGGUGGCAGUUGCCUCCAGUGCUGACCGUGUCAAGGUGGAUGCAAAUCUGAAGCUGGUCGGCUUUGACGCUGAGGCAGACUUUGAUGCAAUCGUGUCGGCAGAUCUGUUUGAGCGGCUGAAACCGGCUCCUGACAUCUUCCUGGCAGCUGCCAGGGAAGUUGGAGUGGAGCCCAGCGCUUGUAUUGUUGUGGAGGAUGCUGCUGCUGGGGUGCAGGCAGCACGAGCUGCAGGCAUGCGGGUGGUGGGAGUGACGACGACUCUCUCAAAGCAAGACAUGCUGGCCCAGAGACCGGACGAAGUGAGGCCUACAAUUGCAGAAAUCAGUGUGGAUCUUCUGCAAGGCCUGCACUGGGCAGCUCGAGAUGAAUCAGCAGCUGAAGAAAGAGCAAACAGCGGCAAAGAGGCUGGCCCUUCGGAUAAUGGUGCUACAAAUUUUCAUGCACAGAUUGGAGUGCUAACGUGGUUUGCAUCGCCACGCAUGCAGGCGAUGUCAUUUGCGAGUCCAAAGGCGAUAUUAAACGCGCUGCUGCCAAGGCCGUCCCCGACCACAGGCCUAAGUCAGGAGCGCAGCGAGAGGGCGGCCGCGUUCCGGCGUUUCAUCGAGAGCGUGGAGCGCAGGGGCGGCGGCGAGGAAGUCCCAGACUUCCCUGCCGGCGCUCAGUGGUUCAACUCCCCUCCGCUCAAGCUCAGCAGGGAGCUGAAGGGCAAGGUGGUGGUGCUGGACUUCUGGACGUACUGCUGCAUCAACUGCAUGCACGUGUUGCCGGAGCUGGCCGCCCUGGAGCGCAAGUAUGCUGGCCGCCCCGUCGCCGUCGUCGGGGUGCACUCCGCCAAGUUUGACAACGAAAAGGACAACGAGGCCAUCAGGAAUGCGGUGCUGCGCUAUGACAUCACUCAUCCAGUCAUCAACGAUGCCAGGAUGGUGCUGUGGCGUGACCUGGGCAUCGCCUCGUGGCCCACGCUGCUCGUUGUGUCGCCACGCGGCCGCGUCAUUGCCACCCUGCCCGGCGAGGGCAACCAGCAGAAUGUGGACGACAUGCUGGCGGCUGCUCUGGAGUACUAUGGCGAGCGCGGCAUGCUGGACGACACCCCAGUGCCCAUGACACUCGAGCGCGAGCGCAGAGGCAGUGCGACCGCCUCAAGUCCGCUGCGCUACCCGGGCAAACUCACUGCCGACCUCGCCGGCGGCCGGCUGUUCAUCUCCGACAGCAACAACCACAGGCACGCAGCGCACGCAACAGCCCUUUUGCACUCCACGCCUCACCCGGGCCGUUUCCUGGACCAGAUUGGCGGAAACGGGCCGGCCCUGCGCGACGGCGCAUACCAGGCGGCCGCCCUCUACCGGCCGCAGGGCCUCGCUUACAGCGCGCGGCGUGACUGCCUCUACGUGGCCGACACCGAAAACAACGCCCUGCGAGAGGUCAAUCUGAAGACGAGAACUUUGAGGACGCUGGCAGGGGACGGCGCGAAGGCAGAGCAGGACUAUACGGGCGGCCGCUCUGGCAGAGCACAGCGGCUCAACUCCCCAUGGGACCUGGCCUUCAAUGCGCAGGCAAAUCACCAACUUGGAAACCCUGAGGACUCCCUGUACAUAGCAAUGGCUGGGCAGCACCAGAUUUGGCGGCAUGACCUGGCGAGCGGCAGCAUGGCAGCGUUCAGCGGCGACGGCUACGAGCGAAACGCCAACGGCGCCACCGGGCCGGCCACCUCCUGGGCCCAGCCGUCUGGGCUGAGCCUGUCGGCGGACGGGCGGGAGCUGUGGGUGGCCGACAGCGAGAGCAGCACCGUGCGCAGCAUGGACCUCACAUCCGGCGGCGGCAAGGCGCAUGUGGGCGGCGAUCCGCUGUUUGCGGACAACCUGUUCCGCUUCGGCGACAAGGACGGCUCCGGCACGGGCGCGCUGCUGCAGCACCCGCUGGCCGUGCUGGCACUCUCCAAUGGCGAUGUCAUCGUGGCAGACUCCUACAACCACCGGCUCAAGCUGCUGGACCCAGCGACGGACAGCAUCCGCACCGUUGCAGGCAGCGGCGCUGCUGGCCUGACAGAUGGCACUGGAGGGAACGCGCGGGUGUCAGAGCCCGGGGGGCUCUGCGCCGGGCCGCGCGGCACGGUGUUCAUAGCCGACACAAACAACAGCGCCAUCCGGGUGUUUGACCCCAAGACUGGAGCGCUGCGCACUCUGGAGCUGAAGGAUGUGCCGCCGCCCACAGUAUCACCAGACGCCGCCCCGGCCGACAGCCCGGGCUCUGCUGAGGACCCUGCCAUUCCCAAGGGAGCCACCUUGGUGGUUUCAGAUGCAGCCAUCGCAUCAGCCUCUGCCAAUCUGCACGUUCGGAUCCAGCUUCCCCGGGGCUACCACCUGACAAAGGGAGCCAAUAGCAGAUUUGAAGCCUCGGCCCUGGGGCCUGGAGCACAAGUCAUUCUCCAGCCGUCCAGUGGCCGACUGACCGAGACUGCAGAGGAGCUGUCAGCAGAUGUGCGGGUCAAUCUUUCAACUUUAGACAGCGUUUCAGGGAUCCUGAUAUUCUGCAAAGUGUACUUCUGCCAAGAUCAGGACGUGUGCCUGUUUGAGGAGAUCUACUUUAAGGUGCCAGUGCGAGUACAGGCAGGCACUGGAGGUGGUGAGGUGUGCGUCAGCUAUGCAUUGUCUCCCAAGGCUCAGACAGUGGACUUCCCAGGCCUGUAG